ACACACCGGCGGUGUAUCUUUUGAAUGGUUCCAGUCUGAAACGGUCUGCACACACAGAGGAGUUGCUCUUGAGUUUAACCCGUUUUUCACAUUUUGGAUUUACACACCUGAAGAGACCUCAAGCGUCUUCACAAAAUGAAUCGUGUCUCUUGUUGGGGAAGCUGGUAAGCAUCUCUGGUAUCAAGAAGUCUUAAAAGGUCAAUAAAUCAACCUUAUGGCUUUCUGCGAUCCUGCCUGCAUUCUUCUGCUGAAAAGAACAUGAAGCAGGUGGAUAAUAUAAAUAAGGAAGAUUUAGAUAAAGAAAGAUUUCAAGUCAAUUACAGAGUACAGACCAAAGGAAAAGCGAAAAGACUGUCAUCUUGCAAGAGGAAGGGUUGUCCAUCGGUGGAGGUGGGCUUAAAGCUGCACCGCAGAACCUCAGAUGUAGGCUGUGCCAGUAACCCCGGCAUGGCCAACAAAGAAAAUGAGCUGACGUGCUCCGAUGAUGUGCGGGGCAUGCUCUUCAACGACAACUGCGGGCUCCCUGUGAACUCCGCAGAGGCCUCCAAGAUGGCAGAGGCCAGCUCCAAGUACAGCAAUUUAACAGAGAUAUCAAAGGACCACGAAGCGAUGACUCGAGUCCUUUUUGGAAGGAGCCUCCGACUAAAAGUAGCUCAAACGUUAUGGCGUAGAAACGCCAGUGAAUUAGUGGCCUACCUAAUAAGAAUUGAAGACACAGGGGUGCUGCUUGACUGUUUACCUGUCUUAACGAACAAUCUUCAAACUGAAGCACCAUGUUUGUCACUUGGCUGCUGUGUUGACCUCAUGCCCCUAGUGAAAGUGAUUCUUGCCAGUAAAUAUGAAGAAAACAUAAUGGUGGGUUUACACUGGGUUCAAUCCGUCAUCAGGAAAUGGUGGCCAGAACUCAAGAAUGAGAAGAGACUGCGGGACAGUUCAGAAGACAGGAAUAUUGAAGUCAUGAAGCAGCGGCUGAAGGACUUGUGGAAGGAAGGAGCCCGGUCAUGUUUGCUUCCAGGAUCUACUGGAGAACUGGCAAAGGCCAUCCAGUCUUAUCUAUCGCAGCUGCCCUGACAGCUGUUCUCGUAGCACUCUGAGGAUGUGACCACUACUGCCGGAUCAUGUCUGUGUUUUGAACUUAUAGUGAUACCAGAGAAAUGGAUGGGCCAUUCACACCCAAACCUCUUUUACUGGGAACGAACUUGACAAUUCAGGCAACUCCCUCAGCUAGAGGUGGAGACUCUGAAGAAGGGCUGAGAGCCUUUCUGCAAAACACACACACACGGCAAACGACUGCUUCACAUUGAAGUGGACCUUCCUGUGAAGGGGCAUAUUUAGUGGACCUCCAUGAGACUGGGUGUAACGUCGCUCUAUGAAGUGCCUAGCUCGUCGUCUCUCACUACACCACUCUUUGCCAUUGAAUGCAAAUGCACUUGUGGAUGUAAUGAAUGCUCCUGUUUUAAUGUUUUUUCGCGCCUUGGUUCCUCUGAAUCAGGAACUUGAAUCAGCAACAGUCUUAAGUUAUUAGAGCUCCUCCUGAUUUCAAUUUGCCUCUUCAUGACAUUCGACUGUAUUACGCGUGAUGUAAACACAAGUGAUUCUUUUAAUCUUUUAAAUAAAUUUGAUAAAAAUCAAUAA